AUGGCGUCCACACUGAUGUUCUGGAACAAGCAGAACUCCAGCAACCAAAAUGGAAACGAUGCCAAGAACACAAAGAACGGUCGCAACUGGUUACAUGCACCGGACGUGCUGGUCAACGGCCAUGUCGCUUAUCUAGUCAAAUUUCUCGGUACCACCCCAGUCGAACAACCGAAGGGCAUCGAAGUGGUGAAGGAAGCCAUCCGGAGGUUGCAAUUUACACAGCAAAUGAAGAAAGCGGAAGGCGGCAGUAAUGUUAAGACGAAAAAGGUCGAAAUUACCAUCAGCGUCGAUGGUGUUGCGAUACAGGAACCCCGCACCCAGACGAUCCUGCAUCAGUUUCCGCUGCACAAAAUCUCCUACUGUGCCGACGAGAAGGGAGUAAAAAAGUUCUUCAGCUUUAUUGCCAAAACCGGGUCCGGUUCGGCGACGCCAUCGCUGAGUGCCACAAGCAGUGACGACACGCACUCGUCGCACUCGGGCGACCAGCAACAGCAGCAGGACGGUGGCCAGCACGAGUGCUUCGUGUUCAUCUCGAACAAACUGGCGUCAGACAUUACGCUCACGAUCGGGCAGGCGUUCGAUUUGGCCUACAGGCGUUACGUGACCGACAGCGGCAAGUCCAUCGAGGCGACAAAACUGCAAUCCCAGAACAAGCAGCUGGAACACACAGCCAGCGCGUACCGCCAGCGGUUGAAAGACCUGUCGGAGCUCGUUCCCAAGCCGGACUUGGACAAGCUCCUGCUGAGGCUCGGACUGCGGGACAUCUGCGAGGUGCCCGCAAUUGAGAAUGGCAUCGACAGCCACAUGGCCACCGUCAAUGGCAGUAAGACGCCUGACUUGGGCAUUGAUGUAUCGUUACCAAACAACGACGAUCAGCUGCUGAUCGAAACAUCGCCGAAGCACUUUGCUCCGAUCGUCCCGCCAAGAAACAUUCAGAAUCAGAUCAACAGCACACUGGAAGCCUUCAAACCCUCGGCGGGCAACAAGAUGGAAGGCCUGCUGUUGAAUUCCGACUCGGACAGUGAUUUCGAUCCACGUGCACCGGAUAACGAUAGUCCAUCGAUCGGAGGCAACAAGAUCAGCAACGAUCUGUUUGGAUUCGAACCACCAAAGCAGAGCUUAGGUCAACAACUGUUCACCACCAACAACAACAACAACAACAACCAUACUGGUUUCACGAACGGCAAUAACGGAACUACCAAUGGGUUCGGCGCACCCAUUAGCCCUCCUCCGAUUUUGGCUCCUCCUCCACAGAAAUCUGCACCACGAAGGACAACUCCAGCACAUCCGAACAAUGGCAACGGAUAUCAGGACUUGUUCGGCUCGGCACCGUUCAACCCACAGGCGCAAGAGGACACACCAUUCGACAGCUCAUUCGAAGAGGCGGCAUUUUCGGUGAAUUGUAACUCGACCGCUCUGUCGGCCAGUUCCUUUUCCGAAGAGAUGCGAAUCCUGGCCGACAACUCGUCCAAACUGGACAGCGUACUAGCGUUGAACAAUGGUCCCCGGCAUGCUUCCUCGACGCUUCCCGUCGUGAAUCCUAUUCCCGGUCCGACGCAACCCACGACCACCACCACCACCACCACCACAAUUGGUGCCAAACUGAAUCCAUUCACAUCGUUGGCCGCUCCGGCCAAAAGUGUCCUCCGGGGAAAUCCACUGACCACGGUCAUGAACGGUCACGCCUCGUACGAUGUGUUCCAGAACGCGUCCGACGGUAGUAUCUCACCCGCAUUCGCACCUCAUUCAUCCGUUGGUACCGUUGCCACCCAACAACCGGAAUCGGAAGCCCUCUUCCAAGAUUUUGCUUUAUCGGCUUUUAAUGAAUUUAAAAAAGAUGUAAGCAAUUCCACCGCGCACCGACGCAGUGCAUUUGGCGUGGCCAGCAAGACAACGGCGGCGGAAUUCGGCACGGGUGGCAAGGGUGCUCCCAUUAAUACCGGCACUGUGGGCAGUCACAAUCUGAACGGUGCACGUGUGAUCAUGGCCAACGGGACACAGUUCCACGAGAAGACCACAUCCAAAAACGGCUUAUUUAGCUCGGACGACCUGCUGGACACGUUCGACCCGCUGAAAAAGUGAUGAGACCAUCGGAACCCACAACCCAACCCGUGGUCCGGAAUGCCCCUCCGUAACGCUCCCACUGAGCGGCAGCGACCCUCUUUUGUUUUGUUUUUUUGGCAUCCUCUCAAUUCCGAAUUCUAGCUGGUUUAGAUUAGAAGCAUUCCAAUUCGAUGAAUCUCACGGUCUGUUUUUUUUUUCUUGGUUUCUGAUGAAAUUUAACGAAUCUCUGCGCACCCGUAUUUAAAGCAACACGAAAACAGCACACGAACUUUUAAAAUCCUGCUGAAUCGAAUGGAAGGGAAUGAUCUUUAUUAAUUAUACAAUUAAAAUAAUCAUCUUUUACCUAGGGAAAACUAUUAGACACAAAAGCAAACUAGAUGGGGAGAGUAACUACUACUUUUGUCUGUGGCAGAGUUAUAAGUUAGAAAUUUGGUAAUUGUAAAUGGAUUUUUCUUUUCUGCUUUGGCAAAACCGAAGGUUUUUUUCCAGCCAGAAAGAUAGUAUUAAAUAGAAAGGUAAAAUAAAAGCUAGCGAAGAAGAUUGUGUCCACAAAUACCUAUUUUGCGUUUUAUCCCCUCAUAACAUGUGAUACGAACAUACGAUACAGAGCAAAUCAGCAGGAAAUUUAGCGGCUUUGCUUUACUGAUAGCGCCACGCAGGAAGAUGAAACGAAACAUUCCACUCAGUGCAUAUACCCUAUAGGGAAUUUGAUACAACAAAAGGCAUAUUUAUAGUGAUGAAGAUUUGCGUGCAAGUUCACCGAACAAGAAGAAGAAACGUUUAGAGCGCUCUCUACCGAUGCCUAGUGAAAGCUGAACUCGGUAAGCCACCCCCGACCGUCAGAUGUCGCGACGAUGGUGCUAUUGAUUAAUUGUUUGCAAAGUGAAUUACCAUUUUUUUUUUGUUUUGCGAUUGGAAUAAUUUGAAAUGAUUGAAAAGUGAUUUAUUUUACUGUACGUAAAGUUGAAUACGUACGCGCUAGGAAGCAUAGUUUUUUUCGCAUUGUCCCCCAAACCUAUUUUUGUCUAUUUUUUGUCCAUACUUACUUGUGAGUGUUUAUUACUGAAGGUUAACAUUUACUUUUUUUUUGUUUAGAGAAUAAAUUUAAUAUAUUUCUGUCAAGUACUAAACAAAACGAGUAGAACAAGCCACAAGCGGAAACAUUUCUUUCUGAUAGAGGAUUAUAAUUACACUAGGAAUAUUGAAAGUGCGCAAUAAACUGCAAUCAAACUGUAAUCAAGUAAAUACUAUCUGUAGAUUCAUUGUUAUUCUAGUUUUAGUUACAAUAAGCGAUGAUAUUGUGACCAAUAUGAUCAAUAAAAACUGAAUAUUGAGUAUCUAA